AUUGUACAUCCCCAGUGUCUUGUAUCCUGACUCUGCUCCUGUUUGCCUUCAGGAUCAUUGAGCUGUGCCACCAGUUCCCCCACGGCAUCACCGACCAAGUGAUCCAGAAUGACAUGCCUCACAUGGAACCCCAGCAGCGGGCCAUGGCUAUCAACAGACUGCUUUCCGUGGGACAGCUGGACCUUCUCAGGAGCAACACUGGCCUUCUAUACAGGGUCAAAGAGUCUCAAAGUGCUGGUAAAAUGAAGGGAUCUGACAAUCAAGAGAAGCUGGUCUAUCAAAUUAUAGAGGAUGCAGGCAACAAAGGUAUUUGGAGCAGGGAUAUUCGAUACAAAAGUAAUCUACCUUUAACAGAGAUCAACAAGAUACUGAAAAACUUGGAGAGCAAGAAACUCAUUAAAGCUGUGAAGUCUGUGGCAGCCUCAAAGAAGAAGGUGUACAUGUUAUAUAAUCUGCAGCCUGACCGGUCUGUGACUGGUGGGGCCUGGUACAGCGAUCAAGACUUUGAAUCUGAAUUUGUGGAGGUGUUAAACCAACAGUGUUUUAAGUUCUUGCAGACUAAGGCUGAAGCAGCUCGCGAAAGCAAACAGAACCCGAUGAUACAGAGAAACAGCUCCUUUGCCUCUUCCCAUGAGGUGUGGAAAUACAUCUGCGAGUUGGGCAUCAGUAAGGUAGAGUUGUCGAUGGAGGAUAUCGAAACGAUUUUAAACACACUCAUCUAUGAUGGGAAGGUGGAGAUGACCAUCAUUGCUGCAAAAGAAGGAACAGUUGGCAGCGUGGAUGGACACAUGAAGCUGUACAGAGCUGUCAAUCCUAUCAUCCAACCCACUGGAUUAGUCCGAACACCCUGUGGCCUCUGCCCGGUCUUUGACGACUGCCAUGAAGGUGGUGAGAUUUCUCCCUCCAAUUGCAUUUAUAUGGCAGAGUGGCUGGAAUUUUGAUGGCAAGAUGAGAACCAUGGACUGUUCCUUCUCUUUGCAGCCUGUGUGGAUGAACCAGCUCGCUUUUUAAUCAUGGACUCGGGGUGGGGGUUUGUAAGCAACUGCAGGACAUGGCGUUAAUUUGUUUUAAUUUUAUGCAGAAAAGCAACACAUUGGUUUGUUAGCAGUCCAGAGAGUGGAUGAAAAGUGAAGCACUAGUUGAGGUCAAGUCAUUGAUGGCAACUUAUACCUGUUCCUGCAUGAAAAACGAAAGCCGAGCAAUUUGACAAACACCACCAAAAGGGGGGAGAGGCAAUAAAAAAUCUUGAGGGGUUAUGUAUGGCUCUGUACAGCAAGUUAUAUCUUGGACGUGAGAAAAUGAGUCGCCAGCUCUGAGGUUUCCAAAGACCUCUGCUGUUCAGAGCAGUAAUACUGAGUGGAGAGCGCGGUCUUAGAGGCAGCACCUUCACCCAGCAGAAACAAAGUCCGGUUGGAAAUGGAUGUUGCACUACAAAGGCUCUGAGCGCAGUGGCAGCCCCGCUUGUCGAUUCUUCCUUCUCCUCCUCCAGUGUUAUAAAUAAAAUACUAUAUGAAUAUA